CAGGUCAACAGCAGACUAAGCCCUUGGGGGGUGUCAGGGCUGCAGGGUCGGGGGGUCAAGGCUGCGCGCGAGUGGUAGGCGUUGGGCCCCUUCGCCGGGUCGCGCUGUGGCUGCAUGUAUUGUUGCGUGGUGCUCCUGUGUGUCGCAGCGCUGAUGCCGCCACGCAUAGUUCUCUUCUUGUCUGGCAGGGUCUGGCUGGAGGGCCACUCAGGCGCACACGAGGCCGUGUCGCGUUAUUUUGUAUGACUUGCAUUCCACAAAAAAAUGGCGUCAAUAAUAGACCGGGCUGCAGACCCAGACGCGCUGCCGCUUGACUUUCUGCGGUUGCUCUUUGCUCGACUCAAUCCGCGAGACCUAUGCGCGGCCGCAUGCACCUGUAAACUUUACAAUGAGCUAGCAUCGGCGCCGGUAGUGUGGAAGGCGCAUUUCCGGACGAGAUGGCGCCAUUCAAGUGCGGGCGAUGCGGACUACGCAGCACUCCAGCGCGAGGAAAAGUGGAAGUCGCUGUAUCGCAUCAGGCACAAGCUGGACGCCAGCGCCCGCGCCGCCUUGUGCGACCUGCCCUGGCCGCUGCGUCGAGCCGACGCGCUGUCCGCCCUGGUGUCCGCCGACGAGGACGUGGUGGACCAGCUGCUGCAGCACGCAGCGCCGCCGCCGGCAGUAGCAACAUUGAGACCAGGAGCUGUAGCAGCGGGGCAGCAGGACCAGCAGCAGGAGCAGCGGCAAGAUGCUGAAGCAGCAGGGGGAGGCUCAGGGGAGCGUACGGCCGCGGAGGCAGGUGCGGAGGCGGGGGCGGCUCCGGCGCUGCCGCCGCCGGACCUGCAUGUGGGUCGGAGGUACUGGGCGACUGAGGCGCUGGCGGCGGUGCGCAAGCAGCAGGCAGUGGAGGUGAUGCAGGAGAUUGCGGCGGCGCGUGCUGACAUGCCGAUGGCGGCGUUUUCGGCGGCGGCGGAGGAGGCGGCGGCGGGAGCUGGCGGCGGACCGGUGCUGAAUGUGGCGGCGCUGGAACGCGGGGCGAUCGCCAUUGCCGCCGCGCACUACCCCACCGCGGACCUGUCCCGGCUGGAGGCGGAGCUGGGGGCGUUGGGGGCGGAGCUGGCGCGGCGCAUGGCGGAGCAGGGCGCGGCGCCGGGCUCGGAGCAGGCGCUGCACGUGCUCAACCACCUGUUGUUUGGGGAGCCGCAGCUGCCGCUGCACCACCCCAUGGCCCUGCCGCCCGCACUGGCGGCGGCGGCGGCGGCGGCGGCGGCGCCCGCCGGCCCCGCUGUGACCGCCGUCGACACGCCUGUGCCUCUGACUGGUCAUGGCGAUUGUGUUAGCAGCGGCAGCGGCAGCAGCAGCAGCAGUGCCUUCGGCGGCUCGAGCUCGAGCGGGUGUCCGCCGCUUGUGGCUGUAGCAGGGCGGUCCGGUGGCGUGGGGCUGUGCGGCUGUAGCCAUGAUGACUACUUCAACCCCGCCAACUCGCUUCUGCCAGACGUGCUGAGCUAUAGGCGGCGCUGCGGCAUCCCCAUCGCGCUGGCUACCGUGCACCUGGCGGUGGCGGCGCGCGGCGGGCUGGGCGGGCGGCUGCAGCUGAUUGGGCUGCCGACACGCGUGGCCAACAGGUUCAUUCCGACAGGGGCAGACGGCGGCGGCGGCGGCGGCAGCGGCACGGGAGGGUCUCGGGAGCUGUUUGUGGACGUGUUCAGCGGCCGGGUGGUUGACUGGGAGGAGCUGAGGCGGACGCUGGCGGGCACGGGAGUGGCUGUGGCCCGGCACCACGUGCGGCCGCUCACCGCGGCAGCGGCCCUGGAGCGCAUGGCGGUCAACCUACACGGCACAUACCGGCUUACGGACGACCUGGCGUGUCUGCGCCUGGCCCUGGAUCUGGCGGCGCCGGUGGCGGAGCAGCCCCGCGACCUGCUCCUUCGGCGCUGCCGGCUCAGUGCGGCGAUGGAGGACUGGGCGGACGCAGCUGCCUCCCUGGCCGGACUGGGGGCGGCGGCGGAGGGAGACAGUGGCGGCGGUGCCGGCGGGGGUGUACAGCGGCAGGUGGCGGAGCAGCUGGAGCAGCUGCAACGGGAAUUGCAGCAGCAGCGGGCGCAGUGGGCGGCCCGCGCCGCGGCCCCCAAGGUGCGCCCGCAGGAGGCGGUGCUCUUCCCUGUGGGGACCAUGGUGCAGCACCGUGUGUACGGCUACAGGGGUCUCAUCGUGGAUUGGGAUCCGGCCUGCGCCAUGGAUGAGCACUGGAUCCGGCAGAUGGGCGUGGACCUGCUGCCGGGGGGCGGCCGCGCGCAGCCCUUCUACCGUGUGCUGGUGUCAGCGGCCAGCAGCGGCGCACUGCAGGGGGCGGGGGCGGGGGCAGAGGAAGGGGAAGGGGAAGAGCGCGAAGCGGAGGGGCAGCAGAGGCAGCAGGGGGCGGUGCAGGCGGCACCGGCAGCUGUGGCGGGAGCCGGGGGCGGUGGUGGUGAUGGUGGUGGUGCCGGCGGCGGCUGGCGGGGCCAGGUGUGGGCGCCAUUCGGCGGCGCCUCCAAGCUGACCGGGCUGCACCAUAAGCUGCUGGCGCAGGAGACCUACGUGGCGCAGGUCAACAUCCAGGUCCUGGUGCCGCGACAGCCGCCAGCAGCCGCCACCGCUACUGCCACCGCUGUCGCCACCGCUACUGCCAUCGCUGCUGCCGAAGCUGCUGGCCGUGCUGCUACCGGCAGUAGCAGUGGCGAGGACCCAGCGGGCCCGCCGCCGCCGCCGCCGCCGCAGCAGCAGCAGCAGCAGCAGCAGCUGGACUGGCCCAAGGGCAUGUGGCGGCCACCGCCGGGUGCGACCACUGUGUCGGUGUCUGCAAAUUUCCAGAUCCGGCAUCCUGAGGUGGGCCGCUUCAUGUUGGGCAGGCGGCCAGGCCAGCUGCGCUACGUGCCCCAGCCCGCGCUGGCAGCGCGCUUUCUGGGGGACGUGGAUGAAGUGGGCGGGGGCCAGUGCGGCGAGGAGGUAGAGGAGGACGGCUGGCACGAUGUCCAAGCGGGCUACUGAGGAGUUGAGGCCGUGACUUUUGCGGGGGGGGAUGUGUGCUGCGCAGCUUAACGGAUGGCGGAAAGGUUAGUAGGCGAGCACGCGUUGUUCAGCAGUUGUUGCAGACAAGCAGUUUGGGUAGUCUCAGGUGGCCUGCACACGGUGGCCUGAGUCUGGCUGACCAUCCAGGACCAUUGCGCACCUGCGACUUGUUGGAGAGUUGCACCUUGGAUGUUGUAAAGCACGGAGCCC